UAAUAAUUAUACCUUUAGACAAAAUCAGUUUUUCUGUUAUUAUUGCUAUUUUUUGUUAAGAAAAUGUCUUUGUUCCCGGCAUACGCUGAUACAACUACAACCGUCAAAGAUCAAAAUGAACCACCUACAAUCAUUGAUCCAGCAACCUCUUCCAACUCUACAUGGCUUGAAAAUUCAAGCUUCAAUAAAUUGGCCUCUGAGAUUCUACCUGAUCUAAUAACUUCCAAAGAAACUUUAAAAACACCACCAAACUCUACAGAGAUACAAGAUGAAACUUCAAAAGAAUCCAAAUCCGUCAAGAAAAGCAAAAAGAAACGCCAUCGCUCACCCAAACCACAACCGGUCAUACUUGAAUUCACCGGUGAUGAAGAAUUUUACAUUGACAAAAAAGGCGCCACUCAAUAUCGUACUAUUAAAACACUCCAUAAACCCGCCUGUCCCAGAUAUCGGCUUCGCUAUCACCGAACGUACGGUGGUUCUUCAGCUGUUCGAACUAUCAAACAUUUUAAAAGAUAUUUUAAAUCUGACUUGUGCAGGGAGGCUCGGACGCACACAUCUAUCAUCGUCUGCCCGGACGAAAAUACAUUUACACAGGCAUCAACCGAUCUAAAUCGAAAAAUUGCUCAAAAUCCAAGUGAAGAUUCGUAUUGGGUUGAAUUGGUACAACUUCAAGAUCGAAAUCCGUACAAAUGGUCCAAGACAUUCCUGUCCGAGAAAAAGCUUGAAAUUCUGCAGCGUGCUCUUUUCCAUCAUCUUGGCAACGAAACCCUUUACAGACUCUACGUCGACAUAGCUAACGCCAGCUAUCCUUCGUUCGAGGUGAGUAAGAUUAUCGAUAAGCUUAUCAGUAAGGAUCCCUAUAACUACGUCCUGUGGACAUCUCAAAUUCUAACAACACAAUGUACUAUGGCCCGUUGUAUUGUUCCCGAUGUGCUAAAGAUCUACGAGCAAUGCAUGCAAAAAAUGCACAGGAAAUUGCAAGACGAUAGUAUUAUGUUAAAACUUUUCAACAAUUGUGCUCUGUUCUUGAGGCAGGCAGGUCUCAACGAACUCUUCUUCGCCCUUAUACUGCUUGCUCUGGAACUCAAUGUUUCACCUGACCAAUUUUCUUCCUUGAAACCACUCGAGAAAGACCAACAGACAUUGAUUGAGUACGAAGAAUUGGUUUUGCAGUCUGGUCUGCCCAUGAAUGAGAUAUGGCUGCGUAUUGAAAAGCUUCGACAGAGCUUCAACUUCCUGCCGUGCCCGGAAAAUACCCAAUGCAGUGACCCUCAGAGAAUUGUCUUCAAUGAAGACAUCUGCUACUAUAUUUAUCCCCUGCAACAACGAGACAAUUCUUUCUACAUGAUACUGAUAAUAUUGCGAUUGUUAAAAGUUCCCCUAGUAAACAGCUGCUCUCUGAGAAGAAGAUUCAACACCCAAGUAGAAAAUAUCGGUGAUACCGAUGCAAUAGAAGAUAUAUUAGUCGUCCUGCUAAAUAACUACAAAUGUCCGGGUGAAAAGUUCAAGGAUUUUUAUGAGGCCAUCUUUGAACUGUCGAAGGAAGUUUGUGUUUGCCCAACAUUUUUGAACACCACCAUCGGCCAUGAAAUCUAUGCCAAGACAAUCCAUGAAAUUCUUCUAACCUGCGCAAGUACUUUUGAGGGGUUGGAUGAGCGAAAAAGAAUCCUAUUUAUUCAAAUUUGGCUCCGAUUCGAGAGGGUCUUGCUUAUCCUCCAGAAGCUGGCCAACAAGCUAGACGUGGAAUAUAAAAAGAACCUUCGCGCCAAGGUGAAACAGCUCUUUAAGAAAGAGCAAAAUCGAAAUGUCCUUAAUUUCUACACGGAAUAUGCCUUGUUAGAGUAUGAAAUGGGCGAUCUCCACACCUGUGAGGUUAUUUUUGGACAAAUCCUAACCGGCAACGAUCACGAGAAUGUGAAUUCAGAUUUAUCCAAUGCUUAUGUAUGCUAUGUGAAUAUUUUAAUAAAAGAAAAUCAACUAGAAAAAGCCUUGAAGGUUCUAAUGUGCUAUUCAUUAAAUCUGCCACUGGACCAAUCCUUGGAAUCAAGUUCUAACUUUACAGCUGUCCGUAGGCAAUCGGGUUUGAAAAAGCUCUCUGAUCGACUUGACGCACUGGUAGAAAUCGAAAAGAAUGUCCACAUUAUGGAAUUGGAGCAAUAUUUUUUCUCAGAUUUUCUUUUGAAUCUGCUUCGCAUGAAAACAUGGUAUCUUUACAUUUUGGGUAACAAGCUGGAAGCGAUGGCCUAUUUGGAAAUUAUGCUGCGCCACUUUGUCGAAAAAAAUGAACGACACAAAUUCGUUCGCGAACAAGUUUACGAGCUAUUGAUAUCGCUUAUGCAAUGUGAUAGUUCGACGUGUAUCGUUUCGAAUGUUCUCAUCUUCGACAAGAUCACCCAAGCAAUGAUCGAAUUUCCGGGAAAUUUAUUUUUCCUGCAAUCUUGUACGGUUUUGCACAAUCAGCCAUGGUUUAAAAUGCGAAGUGUCAUCCUGCGAUCGAACUCGAUAUUCUCAAUUAUAUUUCUUAUAGCCAUGGCUAGAAUCAGAUGCAAACGAUCAAAUAAACACUUUGAUGUUGAUGAUAUCACUCCGUGGGAUGAGGAACAUAAUGAAAAAACCUAUAAGAAUAGAAUAUUGAAUUUGUUAAGGUCAUUGGAGGGCACAACAUUAUUUCAAAGAAAUGCGCUGUAUUGGAGAUUUUACAUGCGGUGCUUGUCGGAUAGCCGGACGCCGUUUGAAACGACCAAAAAGUGCUUGCUUGCCGCUCUGGACGAUUGUCCGUGGAAUAAGGCUAUUUAUUUGGAUGGAGCCAUAUUUGUUCCGCAAGAAUUGUCACAUUUGCAAGAUUUGUUGAUCGAGAAACAGCUUAGGGUCUGUGCAUUACCGGAAGAAUUGGAAAUAUUGCGUGACAAUAAUGUGCAGGCAUGAUGAUUUUAUCUUCCUUUAAUAUUGUCAUAACUGAAGAAAGGAAAGGUGUGUUAAGCUUGUGUAUGUAUAUAAUAAUUGUGUAUAUAGUAAUUUGUAUUAAAUUAAAUAAAUUAAUUUAUAAGAUUAAAUUAAAA